CUGCACGCGAAAAUAGUAGCGGGCGUUGUCAUGUUGUUCUCCAUCUUAAUUUGUUUUCUUCUUCCAAUAAAAUUGAAUGUCUUCUUCAAAAAACGUGGUGAUAAAGGCCAGUAUUAUUUGGAUCUCUUAACCUGUUUUGCCGGGGGAGUGUUUCUUGCCGUCUAUCUGAUCUUCAUGGCGCCAGCUGUCAGAGAUUUGAUAUUAGAAAACCUGAUGAUACCAAAUAAUAUAUCCUAUCCUCUUCCAGAUGUCCUGAUUGGCGUCGGGUUUUUCCUUAUGCUUAUAUUAAACAGGGUAGUAGUCAGUUUCAAGUCAUCGACAUCAAUUUGUAUAAACAAUGGCCAGAAACUUACAUCAGACUCAGUAAUAGUUGAUGACAGUGAAUUAGAUAACAUAAUAACAAUUUUUGACCCAAACAACCCAUUUCCACUGGCAAGAAGAUCAUCAAUAACCGAUGUUGCCCACCAAGAUUCUGCCAUCAGAAGUGUAUUGAUGAUGUUGGCACUGUCUUUAGACUCGGUCUUUGAAGGAUUGACAACAGGACUAAAAACAACGACCAUGGAAGUCUGGGCAAUAUUUAUAGGCAACAUGGUCCACGAGACAAUAAUUGCCUUCUGCCUGGGUCUUCAACUUGUAAAAAUUUACAAAAAUCGUAAACUGCCAGUGAUAAUAUCCGCCGUUGCAUAUUCAUUAAUGAAUCCAGUGGGAUUAGCCAUUGCUACAGUUUGUUACGAAAGCCAAGGAUCGGGUCCAACACUGGAUCUCAUCAGUGGCUUCAUUCAAGGAGUUACAUCAGGGUGCUUCAUCUACGUGACAUUUUGCGAGAUCUUAGAAGGACAAAUCACACAUCAGAUGGCUUAUGGGAAAAUAUUUUCCAUGUUGGCUGGCUUCAUAAUUUUG